AUGACAUCCCCCGUACAACCACCGGCUACCCAACAGCCGGCGAUGCCACAGCAGCACCAGCACCAGCACGCGAAUGCGCCGGCCACUCCCAGCACCCCGGCGGCCCCUACCGUUCCCAUACACUCGGCUGUGUCCCCGCCCAACAAGCGCGAUUUGAAGUCGUGGUGGAAGGGCUUUAAGCUCCCGUCGAAGCACCAAGAGUCACACGAACACCGGGCCCAGGGGAUCUUCGGUGUGCCCCUCCGCCAAAGCAUCACAUACGCCAAUGUCGCCAUUUCCCUCAUCGACGAGGACGGAAAGAGUUAUAUCUACGGCUACGUGCCCAUCGUCGUGGCAAAAUGCGGGGUCUUCCUCAAGGAGCGGGCCACCGAGAUCGAGGGAAUCUUCCGCCUUAGCGGCUCCGAGAAACGGAUCAAGGAGCUCAAGAGUAUCUUCGACUCGCCCGAUCGGUACGGGAAGGGCUUAGUCUGGGACGGCUACACGGUCCACGAUGCGGCAAACGUUCUGCGCCGAUACCUCAACGACCUCCCCGAGCCGGUGGUGCCCCUGGAUCUCUACGAGAAGUUCCGGGAACCGCUCAGGGGCGCGACCAGGCCGGGGGCCACCGACGCGGAGGGCCCGCAGUUUGUCGAGCACUUCAACAUGACCGCGGCUGUUAUCCGGUACCAACAACUCAUAACCGAGCUACCGCCUCUUAACCGCCAGCUUCUGCUCUAUAUCCUAGAUCUACUCGCUGUGUUUGCGGCCAAGUCGGAUCAGAACCGCAUGACGUCGCAAAACCUUGCUGCCAUUUUCCAGCCCGGCAUGCUCUCGCACCCCAACCACGCCAUGGCACCCGAGGAAUAUCGGCUGAACCAGUGUGUCAUCAUAUUCCUCAUCGAGAAUCAGGACCACUUUCUCAUUGGGAUGCACGGCACUGCGGCCGACGAGAAGACGGUGGAAGAAGUGCAGAAGGGUACGCCUCAACUCCAACCGCCCUCGACCCCGACCAAUCAAUCAAAAUUGGGCGUGUACCGAUCCGCAUCGACUGCGAGCGCCGGGGCGGAGAGCGUCGCAAAAGAAGGCUCGAUCCGAAGAAACAAGUCGACUUCAUCGAGGAGGUCCUACCGCUCUAACAAUGGGUCUGCUAGUCCGGCCGUCGUGGGCAGCAGUGCCACUGGUGUGGCUAAUGCACCUGCCGCUGCUGGUUCUGUUACUGCUGCUACUACAAGCGGCGUUGUGGCCGGUACUGCAACCCCGACGGGCGGCUUGACUCGAAGCAACACCUUGCCUUCGAAAAAAUCCCCUUCGCUCCAAUCCGGCAAAUUCGCGUCCCGGAACGACUCUCACAUUGCUCCCUUAACGCCGGUCACGCCAGCUGCGGAGCCAGUCAUAUCCCCGCCAGCGUUGGUAGAGGAGAUGGGUACCCUCUCAGAGGAACAACCAGCGCAGAAAGGCCCAAUCGCGGGAUCAUCGACCAGCAGCGGAGUGCCCCAGCCCAGUCUCACUGUUCCCGGUACCAAGAAGAGCCAAGAGAAACUUCUCGAGCCUCCUACCCCCGAGGCUUUGACACCGUCUAAGGAACGGAAGCUGCCCGUUUUGUUCCAGCGCAUGGCGUCGAGCGAAAAUGACGGCCGCCCACCCAAUAAGCUACGGAAGAAGAGACUUCCGGGCAGUGCCAACCCCAGCGCACACAGCUCUACGGCUUCACUUUCCCAUUCCGCCACAGCAAUUUCCCCGAACGCCGACGCUGGAAAUCCCUUAGAAGUGAUUUUGUCCGGCUCCCAGGUACCAAACACUGGGGCGGCGGCGGCAGCAGCAGCACAACUGACGAGCGAAACAUCUGUGGGAUCCGCUUCACAGACGUCACACGUCGCGCCUAGCGGCAAUAAUGCUGAUGCUGACCGUGUUCAACCACCCACGGGCACCCACACGGCCCAGGCAACUCAACACCAACAAGAACAACACCAACAACAGGAUGGUAGCCAAGUUGCUACUCAUCCGGUCGCCGACCCUGCUCACGAUGGCCAUCCACACGCCGAGACGCUUCAUCCCGACACAGCGCACGGGCAACCGUCCUUGCGAUCCCGAAAGUCUCCUCCCACUUCCCUUCACAGCUCAUUCAACGAAGGCUCGGACCACGACCAAUUGGGGGAGUCGACCACAUUCGCUUCCAUAGAGGCGGCCAGCCCGGACACGACGAGCGAAAAGGAAAAGAAGAAGCGAUGGCGGCUCUCGCGCAAAAAGGAUGAAACAUCGCCACCCCCGUUUCCGGCGCUGACCUCACCACGCCACCUGAUUGGGUCCAACGCGACAGCCCUCGCCAGCGGAACAUCCAUCAACAGCUCCGGCCGUCCUGGGCGGAGCACCACGGGGGACACGUCCGACCGCACCACCAUCAACACAGACGCGCCGCUCGUCGAAGUAUCGAGCCGAGAAGGCCGGGAAGGCAAAGAGGGCAGGGACGGCGGUAAGGACGGCAAAGACGAUGCCAACAACAAACUCUCAAGCUGGAUCAAAAACAAGUACCGCGAACACAAGGAGAACGUCGAGCAUCGUCGGAACAAGUCGCCGCCUGCCACCGAGCGAACAGCAUCAAUACCCGGUCUCCUGUCGUCCUCGCGGGGGAAGAGUUUGGACCUGAAACGCGUGGAGGACAAGGAGAACCCGUCGGUGCCUGUUCCACAGGGCCCGCAGUCUGCGCACCCGGCUUCUGCGGUCGAACCUAGCACUACUUCUACAAUUUCGCCCGUGACCACGACGUCUACUACGACUUUGCCUUUCCGCCCUGCACCGCAAGUUCCACCUUCUACCUCUACCGCUACCACGGGCCAACCACAGCCGACCGUACAGCAAGUCCCGCCGACGCCGCAGGAGAAGGGGGAGAGUGUGGAGUAG